AUGUCGAUCCACUCGAUCGACAUCGACCACGACGAGCUGCUCGACGAGCUCCUGAUCGAGUACCUCGCCGACAUCGACCUCUACCAAGCAGCCCAAGAACGUCUUCAAGCCGCACUUAAACAGGUCAGCUCUCCUCGGCGCUCAUGCUCGAGCCAACCGCUCGCCGUGGACUCGCUGCUGAUUCGCCGUCUUUCACCUCCUCGUUAGGCCUCCUUGGAUCUGGCAAGGUCCAAGUUGGCCGUCGGAGCAGCCAAGAUGAGCCAAGAUGGUCACGACCUCGGUCAGACUGGCUCCAAUGUCGCAAUGUAGGUGUACACAAUCGCUGGCUACGACGCACAAGAGUCCUGGCUCGGAACUGAACCGAUUUCAGAAAACUGUUCGCUGGUCGUCUAGUUCCAUCGUCGCGACCGAGAACAAAUCAUGGGCUACAGGCCAAGCUUCUCGAACGAAAACAGCAUCUCUCACAGAGAACGAUACAGAUCGACGCUCGUUCGCAUGGACUCUAGGACCUUCUCCACCUCCGGCUGCCCCAUCACCUCCGAGCGAAUCCACCGAACCUAGCCCCUCGACCUCGCUUCGCUCCCGUAGCAACACCAAAGCCACCCCAACACCUGAAAAGUCAUCGAACGACUCUACACCAGAAAAGCCGACCCCGUCGCCGCGACCUUUGCGAAGAUCGCCCUUGCUACAAUUCUCGGCGUUCCCACCGACAGCUUUACGCAGUGCCGAGCACAGCUGGCAAAAAGUGUUGCGAAGCACGGUCGAGCUGACCGAGGCAAAGUACAAGCUUGAGGCGAGUGAGGACAGGGUACGCAAGUGCAAGGCCACCCAGAAGCAGGCCAGCUCCGAGGUCAAAAAGUCACAUUGA